AUGGCGAUCAAGACUUGUUGCAUUUCAGUGGAUGGCAAACGAGUUAUGAACAUUGAGGAGUUCAAGCGGUGGUUAAGAACAUUUGAUGCUGACAAAGAUGGCAAGAUAAGCAGAAAAGAACUUGAAGAUGCCAUACCUGGAGGAUGGUUUACAAGGUGGAAGGGCAAGCGAGGGUUACGCUCUGCAGACUCCAAUGGCAAUGGCUUUAUAGAAGAAGCUGAAAUCAACAAUCUAGUGGAGUUUGCUCAAAAAUACCUGGGCGUAAAGAUCGUGCAGUUGUAG